GAAGUCGAAAAGAUUUAAAUGCGAAUAAUAUUUCGACCCCUGAAAUUAGCUUUUCGUCUUCCUCCCGAACUGUGCGAACUCAGCUCUCCGCUUUAUUAAAUUCGGCCGAUGUUUGCUACUUCACCAGCCAGGUCGUUCUUCGUCAACCGUCUAUUGUCUCGCGGGUUUGCUCACAAGAGUUGCGUUAUGACUGCUUCAGCGUUUAUUGGGUAUUUGGGCCCUCCCGGGACUUAUUCUCAGCAGGCCGUAACCCAGCACUUUGGUCGUGAGCAGGAUAGCAACGGACGGUAUGCUUUUGUGCCUCUCCAGACAAUUGCAGACUGCUUCGUCGCCCUCAAGAACGGUCGGGUGGCCUUCGCCGUCGUCCCGUUUUCAAACUCCACAAACGGUGCCGUGAAUCUCACCUAUGAUCUCUUACGCACUGCUGAUCCUCGUCCAUCAGUAAUAGCGCGAAUCGAUGUCCCAGUUGCCCACUGCGUGCUUGCAUCUCCCGCCACAAUAAAGCAAAUUGACAAACAAGGCGAAAGCACCAUCAAACGCAUAUACUCUCACCCUCAAGUUUGGACGCAGUGUACGCGAUAUCUUUCCGAGCAUUUUGUCGGGGCUGAGCAGAUAGAUCAGAAUUCGACAGCGCUGGCGGCACAGCUAGCAUCGACGGAGGCGAAUACUAUUGCUAUUGCCUCCAUUGCUGCAUGCGACACUGCAACCGUGGAUGUCUAUCGGCCAAAUAUACAAGACGUUGAGGGCAACUAUACUCGUUUUCUUGUUCUGGAGCCAUAUCUUGAUGGCCAAGUGCCUUGCGAGCUUGAUAAGUGGGUUGAGGAAGAGCUCCAAAAGUCAUGAUUGCUUCACAAGCACGUUGUUAUUUUGUAUUUAGAACAUUUCAGUUCAGACUAGAUAAUGCUGUAUUCAUGUUGAUCGCCUUUUUAAGGCGUUAUUUUAUUUUAUUUUUGUCUGCUAUCUCGAUUCAUUAUUUUCCAAUCUCUUGUUUCUGGGCUCGGUUUUUGUUUAUUUUAAUUUAUGGGAAGGUCAUCUGGGAAGUUCAGCU